AUGUCAAGGAAGUUUUGGUGGUUGACGGGCCUUGCAGCAUUUGCUGUUGUGGUCAUUGUAGUCGUUGUUCCAUCCGUGGUCGUAACACGUCAAAAGCAACAAAACAAUCAGCAAGCCGAGAGCAAUAAUCCUCAGCAACCACCAUCAACGAAUAAUCUUGGCGAUCCAAAUACGACCAGCAGUACCGAAGUUCAGCUACCUGCCUAUGCCAAGGCCACAUCGCCCUAUGCCAACUUGACAAGAAUUCGUACAUACAACGACAUUGAGAAGCAAAAGGAUCGUAUCUUUGUCAUUGGUGACGUGCAUGGCUGUGCAGCCGAACUAAAGCAGCUGGUCCAAAAGAUCAAUUACAAUCCUGAUCGAGAUUUGAUUGUGUUGGCAGGGGAUUUAGUUUACCGUGGUCCAGAUAAUGUUGGUGUAAUUCGAUAUGCACGCGAAAUUGGAGCCAUGUGUGUGCGUGGCAACCAUGACCAUGUUGUUGUCCGAUUCAUGACAUACGAGUUGCAACAUGGCCCAAUUGAUCAAGAUUCCAAAGAUACCAUGCCAGAAGGUGAUGUUGAGGAUCCACUCAAGUUUGAUGAUGAUCAUGUGGACAUAGUAAAGAAUAUGACACGCGAAGACUAUGAUUAUCUUGCCAGCUGCCCUCUCGUUAUUGAAUUUCCUACGCUUAAUAAUUCACGUGUCGUGCAUGGGGGUCUUGAUCCAUCUGUCGAAUCCACCGUCAACAAUGACCCUUAUUGGAUUGUGAAUAUGCGCAACAUUCACAAAGGAGAGCCCGAACGCACCAAGAGUAAAGGAGAGCAUUGGGCUGAUUAUUGGACGAGAGCACAAGCCAACGAGACACAUCCUGUGAAUAUUUACUAUGGCCAUGAUGCUGGACGUGGUCUGGAUUUGGAAGCAGUGACCUUUGGCACUGACAGCGGAUGUGUUUAUGGCAAACAACUCACCGCAUUAGAAAUGAAGACGCACAACUUGACUCAAGUAGAUUGCCCAGAGUAUAGUAAUUAG